UCACAACUGAGCGGCCAAUGCCAUCUGACGGAAUAGGUUCGCUGAUGUCUAACACUGUACAAAGGAUGUCAAGUUUUCCAAGAUCAUUUGCAAGUCAUUUGAGGCCAGGAUAUAGACCUACUCCAACUUCUUCUUCUGAUGGAAAUGGUAUGAUCAGUUUGCCUCUGCUUCAAACAAUCAAAAUACUAUGUGAUUUGGCAAAUUUCUUCAUGAUCUUAAUCUUGAUGGUCCAAAUUUGUGAAUCACAGGCUCUCUGGUGUCGGAUGGAGGGUCUAGGUAUUCAUGAUCAGUGCUACCUUCAUUUUAUGUUGGUUAGUUGCCUUUGUCUACCAUCCUUUUCAUUUUUCUACUGACAUACACAAAGCAAUUAUAGAUUUGGUGGAAAACCAGUAGCUAACGGCAAGUUGAUGAUUUUCGAGGAUCCUUUAUAGAUUUCUUGUGUUCUCGGUCGUGGCUGAUUGUAGAUUUUUGUGGUGAAACUUUGGCUGCUGACAUGAUGGUAUUGUGGUU